CUCAACGAUUUCUCUCCUUUUCACCACCAACAACUGCGAUAUCGAUCCCUUUCAAACGACAUUGCGAGUGAAAAGUCGAGCUGUCAUUCGAACUCUCAGUCGCUAUGAUUUCUGUUCUUCUCAAUGCCUUAUCGAACCCAAUUUCUACGAUGACGCACGGUUGUGUUUCCCUGUUCAUUCCUUCGAUCGCUUGGUUGCAACUCUCUGCCUGCAGCUGUAGGCGUAUUUGUACAAAACCUACCCCCCACAUAGCUUUCCAAAUCUCAUCCUAUGCUUUUACAAGCCCACCGAAAGUACUCGUGUCUCCACGAUGCCAUCUGGUACCGUGCGAUAAGAGCUGCCUAGGAGGUGGUUGAGAAUUGGGAACCUAACCCUAAUACGCUGGGUCGCGUCGCUGCUUCGGCAGCAGUUUCACGGUUUGCGCAUGCUGGAUACUCUGACUAGUUGAGUCGUUCUGGCU